AUGGGAGACUUGUCGGCAUCCACACCGAACACACCACCUCCUGCGGGAUUGACGUCCGACGUCACGACCACCUCCAUUGAUGUAGUUAUUCCUCCCACCCUCAAAUUUCUUCUUGCAAACAUCAAGAACGUGAUCAACGUUCAUCUAUUACUCGAAAAUUACCCCACCUGGCGGACGGCCAUCUACAAGCUAUUUUCCACAAAUCACUUCUCCGGCUACCUAGACGGGAAUAUUCUCUGCCCACCAAAACAUCUUCUUACCGCUAAUGGACAGCUCACUCUCAACCCCCAGUUAUCUUCAUGGUCGCUCAUCGACCAAAAUCUUUCCAUGGCUCUGUUUUCUACUAUUUCCCAGUCCAUCUUACCUUACAUUCUCAACCUAGACACUUCAGCCUCUAUUUGGCGAACCUUAGAACAACGAUUCUACUCUACGAAUCUCUCCCGAGUCAUACAGCUCAAAAACGAGCUACAUUCUCUAUCAAUGCAGAACAAGUCCAUGACGGACUAUCUAGCUUCUAUCAAAAGCCUCGUCGACAGCAUUCGAGCGGCUGGAGGGACCAUUGACAAUGAAGAUGUUCUACAUUAUAUCAUCAAUGGCUUACCGCCGUCAUACCAGUCGUUCAAGACAACUAUCCGGAGCUCCCUUCAACCCAUCAGCUUGGACGAUCUUUAUUCUCUUCUUCGCAGUGAGGAGGUUCAUCAAUCAACUGAUGCCAUUCGAGAUCUCUCCUUUUCCACUGCCUCUUCUACUGAUGCACCUACUGCUCUGUUUUCCAAUCGUGGACGCGGUUGA